AAAAUAAGAUAAACUGCUGUCGAUUUGUGAAUGUAUGAUGGAGCGAUUUGUCACGAUGUUGCUUUCUUUAUUAAUCGGAUUAAUCAGUCUCGUAAAAAUUGUGGUUUGAUGUCGACUUAGAAAUAUUUAAUUGGCGAUGAUACUGGCAGAUCGCCUAUGAGAUCGCACUCGCAAAUUUUCCGAUUCUCCAGUUCUCCGGAAUCCGGUUCUCGAUUACUAAAAUUACUUCCCUGAGAAAAAAAUUUGAUGAUUUAAAAUUGAUUUUGAGCUGGAAGUCGUUCCGACGAAUCUCCUUGAGGUACAGCUACGCGAGAGUGUACACAACUUUAUGUGCUAAUGAUUCCGGUGCUUGCGGUGUCAACAAUCGUGUGCUUCUUGCUCCAAAACAGAAUGCGUGGCAUUUAUGUUCGUGCGCGUUUCGUAAGAGUCGUGAAUAGCUCGGAGACAGAUCGUGUGGCUCAUUUUUAUGGGAAGGCGAAACGGCAGCAAGGCUGCUUUAUAUCUGAACGCGCCGAGCGAGAGGUCCCGAUCGGGGGAAGUGAAUAGGAGGGGGAGAGAGGGCUGUGAAUGCAAAACCGGUUGCAUUGAGAAGGUCAGUUACUGCAUCGACGUUGCUUCGUUCGGACGUAGCGGCCUCCAUUUCGGCCACUUUGCACGUCGCUUCAUUCGAAAACGUACUAUGGGACCUUAAUCGAGUUCGAUCUAUCCAGCAAAGUUAAUUUUUUAAACGUUGCCGAAUGGAACUCGAUUCGAAACGCAAUGUUGCCGAGUGGAACUCGACUCGCAACUCAAUUUUCCAUAUGCAUUUUAUUUAAUAGUUGAGUUUAUUUAAUAAUAAUCGUUCACGCGGUGUUCCUGAGCACUAUCAAUUAAAUCUCUCGUGCAACGAAGUUGGAGCUACGAUUCUUAACAAAAUUCUGAUAUCGCCGCACGCAAUCGCGAUUUAUAUUAAUUUUACUUAUCUGUACUCGAGCGCAGAACGCCACGCUGUGUGUGUGUGUGUGUGUGUGUGUGUGUGUGUGUGUGUGUGUGUGUGUGUGUGUGUAUGUGUGUGUGUUGCUUCCGAUCAGAAAGCAAUCAUUCCGGUUGUAACCACGAACGGAAAGAUGAACUGCGAAAAAGGGGAGGACACGCAAUAGGGGUAAAUAGUAAACGAGGGAAGAAUCACUUUUUCUGUUAGAAGACGCGUCAAAACGACGUGGGGUGCACGACACUCCAUGUUAGAGCUCCGCGUGUCAUGACGAGAAAACGUGUAUCUGUGUGUAUAAGUGUGCAUGUGGUAUCUUAGGAUCAAUAGAGAAAGAAAAGAAGAAGACAAGUCGAUCUAAAAGGGUGCUUCGAUGGAUCUUGUUUGAAACCUCAAAGGCCAAGGCUGCCGCUUACGGCGAACAUCAAGAAAGAGAGAGAGGGAGAGAGACAGAGACCGCGAUAGAGAUCAGAAUAGAGAGAAAGAGAGAGAUGAAUUUUCUAACACGUGGGCGAAGUCCGAAGACUCACAAGCUCGAACGACGAUAGGGAGGGGAAGAAGAGAGAGAAAGAGAGGAACGGAUAGAAAGAGAGGCGAGAAAGUGAGAGAGGCAGUGGAAGGAUUGCACCUUGGACACGAGGACAUCUUGCUAUCAUAUUAACGUAAACGUAAGCGCACCUUCGUCCGAGGGGGCGCCGCGAGGGUCCGCGAAGGUGAUGCUUCUGGUGAGCGGAAGUGAGGAGCCCCAGGCGGCCUUUUCUCACCUCGUGCCCAUCAAGGGAGGCGGAAGAAGACUGCAGCAGUCUCGUCGGUCCCAGGGCAGCGAGCUGCAGCAGCUGAAAUUGAGGAAGCGGCCAGUGCGAGGGAGCAUUUCGUGGUGCACGACGGUGCUCCUCUAACGGCGGCUAGGAGGGAGUUAUGGUGUCUCGCGCAUGCAAUGACUGUGGCCGCCGCAGCCGUGGCACUGUGGCAUCGUGCCCACCUCUACAAGGCACUCGCCUGCAUCGUCCUUGCUCUGAUCGCCGUUCAGUACCUGCUUAGUGGUGGUGUGCUCGACCGCCGCUCCAUCGAAACCAUCUUCACCAUCAACGCGACCAGAUACGCGGAUCGCUCGUACAGGACCCAUCCGCGCGGUCUAAUCAUAUACGGCCCGGCAACCGUUAUACCAAGUCUGAAUGGAGGUGGAAAUGCAUCUUCAACAAUUUUCUCUAUAUUGGCCAAGAGCCACUCGAACUCAUCUCGCUCCGAGUCCAUGCCGAUCAGAAAUCUGGCCGGCAACGGUGGAACUGCGCGUGAGCUUCCGGUGGCAAACACGACCAGUAAUGCGACGAUCCCUCGGUGCCCCCUUAUCCCACCAAAUCUGGUUGGACCAGUGGCCGUCAGUAAGUCGCCACCACCGUUGUCCGAGAUGGAGAGGUCAUUUGUGGAGGUGAAGGCGGGCGGCAAGGGUCGUCCCGCAGACUGCGUCGCCAGGCAUCGUGUCGCCAUAAUCAUUCCGUUUCGCGACCGACCGCAGCAUCUGCAGACCCUUCUCUACAACUUGCACCCGAUCUUGCUGCGCCAGCAGAUCGACUAUCAGAUCUUCGUGAUCGAACAGGAAGGUACUGGAACCUUCAACCGGGCGAUGCUUAUGAACGUUGGUUACGUAGAAGCUUUAAAGGAAAGAAUCUUCGAUUGCUUCAUCUUCCACGACGUUGACCUACUUCCAGAGGAUGAUAGGAAUUUGUACACCUGUCCCGAACAACCCAGGCACAUGUCGGUCGCGGUGGACAAAUUUAAGUACAGAUUACCCUACGCUGACCUGUUUGGCGGCGUAUCCGCGAUGUCGCGCGAACACUUCCAGUUGGUAAACGGCUUCAGCAACGUCUUCUGGGGCUGGGGCGGUGAGGACGACGAUAUGGCGAAUCGCAUUAAAGCCCACGGUUUACACAUCUCACGCUAUCCGGCGAACGUUGCACGUUACAAGAUGCUCACGCACAAAAAGGAAAAAGCCAAUCCGAAAAGAUACGAGUUCCUGAAGACUGGCAAGAAGAGGUUCUCCACCGACGGAUUGGCCAAUCUGCAGUACGAGUUGUGCGACAAGCGCAAGCCAAAACUAUACACGUGGCUACUGGUGAGACUGACACCUCCACAGCCCAGCUGAUGGCUACCCUGGCUCGGUUGAAGGCUCUUGCGCGCCAGUCUCAUCUCUUAGCGUAGUCGAUGUGAUCGUUCACGUCGCGAAAACACGUCGCUGAAACUCGUCACUCGUGAGAAAGAGGAGCGAGAUCGUGGCAAGAGGUCGCUUGUCGACGAUGUCCGUCUGCGAGAAAAGACGAUGCGACGUUCUUCGCUCCCUGAACGAUGUCCGAGUUCUGAUCCAUCGACGUCGAGGAAACGACGAAGUUUCGAACGCGGCGGCUGCUUUAAUCCUUAACUAAUCUCUCUUCGAACACAUCUGACUACUAUAUCUGGAUACAGAUGAUGGUCUUAUACAGUGUGACACAUUAGAAGCGAAAAGCUCGUAUGAGUAACGAGAAGAACGCUCUAUCAGUGAUGUUUCAGCCAGUCAUCGAUUAGUUAAAGAUUAAUUUCACACUGACCGCGUCCAGAGAUGAUCAUCGAGCAUCACGAUGUAGUUGAUUCUUCGCGCCAACCUCUCGUCGAUGCCUCGCGUCUGAGAUUGAUCGCUUGAUAUUUCUCCGUCACUCUCGAUACGGGAAGUAAACGAUGAAUUCGAAUAAUUCAGAUGGAUAUUGUUCAUCGUACCGUAUCAGAUACUGUAUCGUACUGUAUCGGAGGAAAUAUCGAAAUGAAAAAUCCUGCAGGAGAAUUUGACGCGUGGCUGGUGCGGGAUCAAUGACAGGCUAACACUGGAGACGUGUCAGUGUUGGGAAGAGGAGAAAGACGCUUCUCGCCGCUGCGGGAAGACUUCGCUCUUUGUUUGCCGGCCUCCCAUCGCCUGGGGGGACAUUGUUACGUGAUAUAUUUUUAUUCCUCAUAUUUUUUUAUCGCGACUAUAGGCUAGACAGCGAGUAGAGAGUAGCAUACAAGCUGAUGUGCCAAAGGAGAGAUACAGAGAGAAUGUCUGUCUGUAGGCGUGUACAUGUGCGUGAAUAUGUUGUGCGAAGAAGAGAGAGAGAGAGAGAGAGAGAGAGAGUAGAAGUGGAAGUCGAGAGGAGACGAGGAAGUUCCAGCAUCCUUUUUAGAGCCGAGCCACGUUGUUACGCAUGCAAAGCAACCUGUCGCUGCUCGAGGAGAAACCUUAGAGAGCUUCCGCUUUUACGAUUAUACUUGUGUACGUCCCGUUCGUCGAUAAACGCUUAUUGUGUACGAUAAAGUCUCGUUAACGCACUGGAAGCAGUCAACUGAGUAACAAAGAUCUGAGAAAUUGUACGACGAUGGCCUGUUAAUAACAACGAGUUAGUCGUUUCGAAUUUUAUUUAAUCAUAUUUAAACCGUUUUUCUUCUUACUAAAACGGCAAACCUUCCAACGUGAGGAAAGAUUUAUCUCAAAAUUAGCAGAGCUAUCUCAUCGAUUUGCAACCUUCUUUCUAUUCGCGUUAACGGAGAAUUAUCGUACGAUUUUCAUGAUAAGGCAGCUUGGGAUACGUAACAGAGGAAUAGGGGGAAGGAUAACGUCGCGGCUAGAAUUUCCCGUAGAUUAAUCAUGCAAGAUGUAACGUGAGCAGUUUUGAAUAGCUCUCCAAGAUCGCUCGUUACAAUUUGAUCCAACCGCGCUCUAAAUUCGUAAGCUGAGCUCUCCAGGAGGGAGCUUAUUUUUUAUGGGGAUGUGAAUCAUCGGUUGACUUCGCAGCGAGGCGUUUCAUUUCUCGAUCGAAUGUCAGCGCGAAUGGCUGUGCGAAAGAUGGAGAUGUGGUACUUAAUCGUUUGGCGGCGAACGAGCAUCGGACACACACGCGUCUGCGUUCACUCGCGAGCUUCAAUUGAGGGAAACUAGUAUAACAGUUUAAUUCAAAAAGCAGCUUUCAGUUAGUCAGUCAUUGGGCAAUGAAAUUAUUUAUUUAAAUUAUUUAUUUUGACGUGACACAAAAAUGUACUCCACCGCGAACACAUGAGAUUGGCAGAAGAUCUGUUUGUAUCGUACGCGAGUAACUACGUUUAUACACGAGAUAGUAGCAAACACAAUCAAAACUCUUAGAAUACAUUAAAGUAUCACGUUUUAGUACAGAGCGUAACGAAACGCGUGUUGUGGACGAACAUACUUAAGCAUUAAGCGUAAGCGGGAGCGUGGGCUGUGAAUAAUGCAUCUUCCACGAUUGAGGAAAUCGCAUGAAAGAACAGGAGGUCAGUCUUGCGACGACGCAAUGGCGCAAGUGACAUCCUUUUCCUCUUACGUCGCGCGACCAGCAACCGAUCGAUAUUCAUCCCCGUCAUUCCAAGGCUCUCUGAACCCACCCAGCGCCCUUUUUGAAGCUUUUUGGUUUAUCGCUUUGCGUUUUGCGGUUUUUUGAAAGCUUGAAAUCGCUCUCCGCAAACAAACUGGUGUCAAUCCUUCAACAUAAAGCCAAGAAUGGAAUCGUGUUAUCGCGAAACUUUUGACGUUGAAAACGUAGCGCGCAAACAAAUUUUUGAGAUAAUUAAUAUAAAAUGUGUAAUAUAUAAUAUAAAUAAUAUUAAUAUAAUAAUAUUAAUGAUAUUAAUAUGACUUUAUAUAUUAAUUUAUAUUCUCUGCUUGCUCAUCAUUUGCUGAUCAUAGAAUCAUAAAUGCAAAGCGAUAAACUUUAAAGUAGCUCGAUGAAAAUAGCAAUCAGCUUAAGUUCAAGUUGUACAAGGUGGCACAAGAUGCGUAAAAGAUUCUGACAAAUUUACAAGUACGGGAAGGAUACUGGACUUACGUUUCAUGCGUUCCUUUAUCACCGUUCCUGUGAUGAAACAUUCCGAUGUCGUUAACCGAUGUAAAUGUAUAUAAUCAGUUUGUACGUUUCGUUAUUGUUUUUUUGCGUAAUUUUGAUCCCCUCAGACCCCCGAGAUUUUUAAGUCGCUCAUUUGUGUUGUAAUUAAAUUUGUUUCUUUAUUUAAAAAAGAAAAUGAAUAGUCAAACAACUAUAAAUGCAGGCGCACAUUUAAACAAAUUUCAUUAUUGCUUGAAAAGCCUUCAUAGGGAAUGAUUAUUACACUUGCAGUGAAUAUAACAAGUGGAAUAAUAAAUAUAAUUAAAGGCUCUGUCUUAAAAACGUGAGGAAUUGUCACUUAACAUUUAUAACAAUCAUUGCAAUUAUUAAUCUUGAAAGGUCUGCGGAAGAUGAUUCAGAAUAAGUUUGAAAAAUUCUAGGUGUAGCUUUGUUGAUAGAUUUCUUAAGAGCGUAUCGAGUAUGCUGAAUAUUCUUCGUUACGCGACUUACCGGUGAAUGGAAAUGAAAGGUGAACGCAGCGGAUGCGCAAAGGAAAAGCAGUUCAAGAUAAUAUUUCAGUGUAGCUUCAGAAGAAGCGUUGUACUAUACAUUACUAUUGUUAUCAAAUAAUCGGAGAUACCUAAGAUAAUAUAGAAUCGAAAGGGAAACAUUUAAUGUGCGACGCGAAAGAAGUAUAAGUCACAAUUUACAGGGAUGUCAACUGCACUAACAUAAACUAUCAAAUGAUACAUUACUACCUGUAUAUAUAUGUAAUAUAUAAAUUUCCUUUCUUUGCAUCCAAAUUUCAAUCAUUCAUGCUGUACUUUUCAUUUAUCUAUAAUAGAUUAAAAGAGAAAGAGAGAGAGAGAGACAUGUUUAAUUAAAUAAACUCGUUCAUGAACCUAUCAAGACUGUUGUAUACACAAAGUCAAAUACAGUUUAUUUCAUCAUUAUACAAUUUCUGACUUAUACUCCGUUCCCCGAGCAUGCUAUAUGUACACAGGAUGCAUCGCGCAAAGUAAUCCGAUCGCAGUAUUAAAAUGUAACGACGCUGUGUUUUUUGGAACGUAUCGUAAAGUUGAGCACUAAACCUUUUUUCCCUAUCGAAGAUACGCGAUCAGAUUAAUUUUCGCGGAGUACCGUACCGUAACAAGCUGCUAAAUAAACAUGGUGCGUUCAAUGGCCGCACAAGAGCUUUGCAACAGAGCGUUAUCGCCCUCCUUGGAUCUUUACGAGCAAUUUUUUAGAACUUUCGUCGAGCAGAUGAGACUUGUUUUAUACGUACGUACAUCCUGCAUACGGAGUUUUAUGGUUCACAUGCAAAUACACACGAAAUGUAAUUUAAAAAUAUUAUUUAUCGUGAGGAGGAUUAUUUUUUGACAAUAUGAUUCCGAUAAUUAUGUAUAAUUAUGUGUGUUUUGGAAAAGCUAUGAUGAGCCUAUUAUUAUCAUAAUAGAUUGAUAAAGAAUGUAAAUUGUACGUUGACUAGAAUUAUCUUUUUACAUUCGUUAUCAUGAAGUGCAGCUCUCGUGCGGUAUGUGCAACUGCUAAACACCAAUUUCAGCAAAGACGAAAUAGUGAUUAGACAUAAGUACGUGUAAGGUAACUCUUAAGUAUUUAUAUAAGCAAGUAAGCGACAGUGUGCGAGAGAGAGAAAGAGAGAGAGAGAGAGAGAGAAAAAAAGAGAAAAAGAAUGAAUGAUUGAACAAAGGAAAGAGGGAAACAUGAAGCGCUCAAGCGCAAUGUAACGCGGUAUGUAAUAUAUCAUACAUGCAUAUAUAUUAUAUAUAUGCGAUCCUGCGCGCGCGUCGCUAACUAGAAGGGUCAGGGAAUGUUCGAAAACCGGACACGAGGAUUUUCCAUAUUGCUGGUAGUAAAUUAGACUGUGACACGAGAUGAUGUAUUCAGCGAGUAUUCUGAGAAAGCGUAAACGCCGUUCUUUUGAGGAAUAUUUUUAAAAUUUUCUGCAUCUCAAUAUUCAUGAAGUCGAAAUAUUUUGGAAAUUCUUGCGAUAUUCUCAGAAUAUUUUCUCAAUAUUCCUAUAAUAUUGUAUAUAUUGUUAGGAUAUCACAAAAAUUCUUGAAAAAUUACGAAAUUAUUUUCGCAGAGAAGAAUGUAUUCUCAAAAAUGCGAUGCUUGCGCGUUACUGACUCAACGGAUAUUUUCCAAAAGAAAUAAUUGGAAUAAUUGGAAUAACUGGAAAAAUUACCGCUCAAGAGUAACUAACUUCGAUUUUUAUUUUAUGUUUGUUUAAAAAAACGAAUAAUAAAAGUUGGUAACAAUGCAUACAUGACUAACAAGAGAAGUGUCUGAGAAUAAAAAUACCGAAGUUAGAUACUAUAUCCUCGUGUACAUAAUGUACUUGCUUCUUCUCGAUUUAUCAGGACAGGACUUGGAAGGCUAUUCCCUUUUCGGAUUGCAUUCGUGAUGUAUUGGAACAAUAAAUUCUUAUAUAGCACA